CUGGCAACAGGACUCCAGUCUUGGCCUUGACACUGCGGAGGUCGCAAUGGACCAGCCAGAUAAGGCGGUCACUUCUACCCCAGUAAGGGAAGACUUGGGGCACGGCGGUUCAGUGGUCCUGGCCUCGAAACCAAUCCGGAAGCGAUCAUCAUUUGAAAGAGAAGGAUGGUGGAGAGUAGCAUUAACAAAUACGCCUAUCCCUGGCACUUACCACUUGAAAACGUUUAUUGAAGAAUCCCUAUUAAAUCCAGUGGCAGCAACUUACAAUUUUAAAAAUGAAGGAAGGAAAAAACCACCUCUUGUGCAAAGAAACAAUCCAGUAGUGACGGACCUUCCCCCGUACAUGCCUCCCGGCUUCUUGGACUUAUUGAAGAAGCAAGCAGCCACUUACUCAUUUAAAGACCAACCGCGGUCAAGCCCCAGCUCCUUGGUUUACAAAGAUCAGUCAGUUAAGCUUUCACCAGGACAAUACAAUGUACUUCCUGCGCCAGUUCCCAAGUAUCCUUCCAGGAGCUUCGUAUUUCGUUCUACAGUUCAAAGAUUUCCAUCAGCCUACUUCAUUCCUCAUGAAGGCCCAGGACCAGGUCAUUAUGACUUGAAAAUACCUUCAGCAAGUUCCGUUACUUCUUGUUUUCGAUCUAAAGUACCUCGAUUCCUGCCUGCUUGUUCGAGAACCCCGGGCCCAGGAACAUACACGUCUUCGGCACAAUACCCCAAGCAGCCCCGGAGCAUAGCCAGAAUGGGGCGAGAACACAGUCUUUUCUUCAACAACACAAUCGGCUUUUAAAAUAAAGCCAUCUUUGUGCGAAGCUGCUUUGUUUUAGCAAGUUAUUACGUUUGGAAAACUCUAUUAUGUUUACUCUUUGGAGGGUUUGAACAUAGAACCGAACAGAUUGCCCUAGUGACCACCCGGCCUGCUUACCUGGACUAGUCCCAGCACAACUUCCAGCUCACUCCCAAACGUGUCCUGAUUGGAACAAUAAGUUUUGUGCUCAAUCUGUUUAUUGUCAGAGGUCGUCUUCCUGGAGUUUCCCGGCUGCCCUUGCAGCAGCUUAGACAGGCCCGAUGUGUCCAGGCCGUGCUCUGUGGGCCUCGACCCUCUGGCUGGGCCUGGACUGCACGAGGGUUGCGAUACCUCUCGGCGUGCAUGAGGGGGGGGGUUGGGGGGGGGGGGGGGGGGGGUGCGCAUUCAACCAAGGCCAAGCUGAGCUUGAUGGGAUCCCAACAGGUGGUUCUUUCUCUCUCUCAACUCCUUGAAAAGAACAAUAUUUAUUCAACUCCACGAGUAAUUGUGGUUUCAAGUCAACACAAAUAUUUUGAGUAUCUGCUCUGUGCCAGGUGCUGUGUAGGGACUGGGGAGUGGGGCUUAAAAAAAAGAUGAAGGAGGCAUGUGACUGAGUUUGGGGAGGGCUGUAGGGGAGAUGAGGCCAGGAGGGUAGUUUGGGGUGGUCCUCGGCUGGAGGGAGGCUUUGAACGCUGGGCCAAGCAGCUCCUUCUGGUGCUGGGAGCUCAGGGGCAGUUUCACCGCGAGGACAGGCCCUCGUCUCAGGAAGCUGGUGCCCAGAGGAACAAUUUCUCCAAUGAAGGCCCCGGCGGUCAGAAGCAGAGACAAGGCAGCAUGCGGGAGGACAGCCAAGGGACCAAGAGGCUGAGAGGCAGGGAGGAGAGGGAAGAAGGUGGUAGGCAAGGAACCUGGUUUGGACAAAAGGCAAGGAUACACAUUUGCAUACUUACCUGGCAGGGGAGACACCAUGAUCACGAAGGUGGUUUUCCCAGGGCGAGGCCUAUCACACUCCGCAUGUGCUGACCAUUGCCGUUUACCCAAAUGUGGGACACUCAGCUGCAUAAUUUGUGGUAGUGGGGGACAGCACAAAAGGAAUAAACAUUUGCUGGAGGGGAACAGAGGGAGCCUAGCCUGGCCGGACUGGCAUGGAGGAUGGGAGAGUUUGGGUGAGGUUCCGUCAGAAGGCCGGGACCACAGGCAGCCGCGCAUGCCAAGGAGGCCUGCUCAGGGAGCUGCGCUGGAGAGAUGGCACACAUGAGAGCUGGGGUCUCACAAAGGGUGAGGAGAUUCCAGUCGCUGAUCAAUAAUUGGAAGGAACUUGAAAAAAUGCUUAUACAAUAGUUUGUUAUAUUUUAAAAGGAGUUUGUUAUAUUUCUCUAGUCUUGUAAAUGCUUAUCAAAGGGUAUUGGGGGUAAGGAAGGACAGGCCCCAUCUCACUGAAUUCAUUUAAAUUUCCCAUUUGUGGGAGAAACACCCGGCAUUGCAUUCCUUCAGGGCCUAAGAGCCGCUGGGAGAUCAGAGGGGUAUCCAGGCGCUGGCUCCUGUCCCACUCAGA